AAUACCACUAACGCCCCGUGUACCAGUAUUACCACAACAGCCAAGCACAAAAACAUAAUCUCCAAGUUGCCCAUCCAUGGCUUCGAUCAAGACCUAUGGGAAGAUCAGUGAAGCCGAGCAAGCGACGCUCGACGCCCGCCGCCGAGCGCGGAAGAGAACCGUCGUCAUAAGCUUGUCCUCCGUCGUCCUCGUCGCCAUCGUUGUCGCUGCAGUGGUCGGUACUUCGGUGCACGCCAACAGCAAGAGCGGUGGAGAGCCUGGACCUCUCUCCACCUCGGUGAAGGCCGUGUGCGACGUCACACUGUACAAGGACUCGUGCCUCGGCUCCCUUGCCCCAAUGGCCAACUCGAGCGGCGACGUCCGCCCUGAGGAUCUGUUCAAGCUGUCGAUCCAAGUGGCCUUGGAGGAGUUGGCCAAGGCCGCGGGAUAUUUCUCCGAGCAAGGAGCAACCUUCGAUAACACCACGGCGGACGGGAUGGCGAGCACGGCGCUGGACAGCUGCCGCGAGCUCCUCGGGCUUGCGCUGGACCAUCUGAACAGCUCGCUGUCAUCGAGCGAUGCAUCGAGCGUGCUCGAUUCCGAGGACGAUCUCAGGACCUGGCUCAGCGCUGCCGGGACUUGUCAACAGACGUGCAUCGAUGGGUUUGAUGAAUCGGCAGGAGCAAUUAAAGAGAAUGCUGCGAGUCAUCUCAAGAAUUCGGGUGAACUGACGAGCAAUAGUCUUGCUAUCAUCACUUGGAUUUCCAGCAUCGCGAGCUCGAUCAAGCUAAGGCGGCUCAUGAGCCUGGCUGACCCCCAGCACCACCUCGGCCGCAACCACCAUCACCACAAAGUGCCGGAAUGGGCGCACCGGAAGGAGCGGGAGCUGCUUCAGAGCUCCGAUUUGAGGAACAAGGCAAACGCUGUUGUGGCCAAAGACGGCUCGGGCAAGUACAAGACCAUCGGAGCUGCACUCAAUGCCGUUCCAGAUAAGAGCAAGAAAGCGUUCGUGAUAUACGUAAAGAAGGGGGUCUACAGCGAGUAUGUGCGGGUCGAGAAGUCGAAGUGGAACGUCGUGAUGGUCGGCGACGGGAUGGAUGCGACGGUCGUCACUGGUAGGCUGAAUGUCGUCGACGGGACUCCGACGUUUCAGACUGCAACUUUCGCUGUUUUUGGACAAGGCUUCAUUGCUAGGGACAUGGGAUUCCGCAACACCGCCGGCCCGGCCAAGCACCAAGCGGUGGCGCUCAUGUCGACUGCCGACCUGUCCAUUUUCUACCGGUGCCGCAUCGACGCCUUCCAGGAUUCCCUCUACACUCACUCCAACCGCCAGUUCUACCGGGACUGCAGCAUCUCCGGGACGGUGGACUUCAUCUUCGGGAACUCCGCGGCCGUCCUCCAGAACUGCAACAUCCUACCCAAGACGCCCAUGCUCGGCCAGCAGAACACCAUCACCGCUCAAGGCAAGAUGGACCCCAACCAAAACACCGGCAUCUCGAUCCAGAACUGCACCAUCUGGCCGGCCGGGAACUUGACCGACGUCCAGACGUUCCUCGGGCGGCCGUGGAAGAACUACUCCACCACGGUGUACACGCGCUCCAUGAUGUCCAACAUCAUCAGCCCGAACGGGUGGCUGCCGUGGGUCGGCAAUUCGGCCCCGGACACCAUAUACUACGCGGAAUCUCAGAAUUACGGACCGGGGUCCAACACGAACAACAGGGUCAAGUGGAAGGGACUGAGAUUGAACCUUUCUACUAAGGAAGCUAGCAAGUUCACGGUCAAAUCCUUCAUCAAAGGCGACAAAUGGAUCAAGCCGGCGGAUGUCGCGUACAACCCUAAUUAG